UGGUGAACCCAAACGAUCUGUGUGCUGAAUAAAUUAACAACAAGUUAGAUCGGAUGGAUACACUGAUAGCCAGUCAUCUAUCUGGCUCUGGCAAACAAAAAAAAAUCCCUCAAAAGGCAAAAAGAAAUGCCCACAUACGGAGUUGAACCGUAGACCUCGGCAUAUCACGUGAUUUCACGUGACCAUGAAUCGGCACGCAAAGUAUAGCUCUUAUGCAUCGUACCACUAAGAGACCCCUUCGAACACCACGAAACAACAAACGAUGGCAUUUGUAAAUCCCAUACUUCGGCUACAGGGCCAUAAACUUGAUUUCGGACUUUAAACACCAUUGUCACCCUACCUGUCCCUCAUUCUUUAAACUCUAUAUUCUUCUGGUUCGUCCAUCGAACUUCACUCUUCAUUACCUCUCCCAAUCCGUCUCUAUCAUUAUCACGGAGACCUAGAUCCUGAAUCGGGCUGACUAAAAGGGACAUAGCCAGGAUUCACACGUGAUAGAGCUGGAGCUGGAGCUGGACGGGGGCGACGCCAACAAUGAAUUGAGCUGAGGUGAGCUUCUGGCGUGUGUAAGUUUGGGACCAGCAUGUGGCGCAUACCAUUUGUGUCCAGGCUCAACCUGAGCGAGUAUGUAGCACUCGUCGUCUCCUUCGUCUUGGUUGGGCUAGAAGCACUUAUUCGAGUCCUCACUCUUGCGCUGCCCACGAGUAUAAUAGCCCUGUGUUAUCGAGCGUCGAAACGACUAUUCCACUAUUUUACAUCCACCGCAGCGAAGAAGUCGGUGUCCAGGCAAAGCUCCCGGUCGAGCGCCAUCCGCGAUGCUUCCGAUUUUGUCGACUUAUGCGCACUGUCAGGCUACCUGGCGGAAGAGCAUGUGGUACAAACCUCAGAUGGAUACUUGCUUGGACUCCACCGACUUGGCUGGAAACGAGGAGAGGAGGGUGUCAGGGUCAAUUCAUCGAAAGGCGGCAUAAAAAAACCCGUGGUAUAUUUGCAUCAUGGGCUGCUUAUGAAUAGCGAAGUGUGGGUGUGUCUGACCGACGAAGAACGCUGUCUGCCAUUCCACCUUGUGGAAAAGGGGUACGAUGUCUGGUUUGGAAACAACCGUGGGAACAAAUAUUCCAAGAAAUCUAUCCAUCACCCUCCGACAGCAAUAGCAUUUUGGGAUUUCUCAAUGGACGAAUUUGCUUUUCAUGACAUCCCAGAUAGUAUCGACUACAUCCUCUCUACGACCUACCAACCGUCGCUGUCAUAUGUUGGAUUCUCCCAAGGCACAGCACAGGCUUUUGCUACACUAUCAAUACACCCGAAAUUGAACGACAAAGUCAACGUGUUCAUAGCGCUCGCACCGGCGAUGUCCCCUGCAGGAUUACGGAACGGCGUCGUUGACUCGCUGAUGAAAGCUUCUCCAGAGGUUCUGUUCCUCCUUUUUGGCCGUCGCUCCAUCCUGAGUUCAACGACAAUGUGGCAGUCUAUCCUAUACCCUCCAAUAUUUGUGCGUGCCAUCGACACCUCCCUGGCCUUCCUUUUCGGCUGGUACGGAAAAAACAUCUCCAUGGCCCAGAAGCUCGCGGCCUACCCCCAUCUCUACUCCUUCACCAGCACCAAGAGUGUAGUCCACUGGUUCCAAAUCAUCCGCACCGCCUCCUUCCAGCUCUACGACGACGAUGUCCAACCUCCACUCCGCCUCGGUAGCGUCAGCAAAUAUACCAAGGUCGCCCGCUUCCCAACCCGCAACAUCAAGACCCCCGUGGUCCUCGUCUACGGCGGCUCCGACUCCCUAGUUGACAUUAACGUCAUGCUGAAGCAGCUCCCCGCCCACACCGUGGCGACUGAAAUCCCACACUUUGAGCAUCUCGAUCUCCUGUGGGCCCGCGAUGUCGACACUCUCGUCUUCCCGCACGUCAUAGACGCCCUCGAAAGCUUCUCUGACUCCGGGCAUACUGAAGAGCACUUCGCCAAGUACCGCGCCGCACGCCAUGCCUCCCUUGGGCCGGGAGCGCGGCGCCCUCAUAACCCAACAGAGUCGGCCUCCAAAUCUCUAGGCAGCAGUUAUGCUGAUGUAGCAGCAGUUACUCCCGACAUUGACGGCGAGGAUCUUGUCUCGGAUGGACCGCGUCGGAAUACCGAGGGCGCGAUGCCUUCUCUUGCGGGCCGUAGGAAGAUAAGGGGGCGUUCCGGGAGCGAGAGGAUUGAAUACGACUCAACCUCGUCGUCUGAGAUUGCACAUGCCGCAACUGCUCGGGCUACGGAAGAUGAGAAGUGAGGAGGUAAGAUGCAGUGCGUGGGGGUACAUAUGAGAU